UAAUUUGAGGGAAUCUGAUCUACGCAUGGUUUGGUUUGCAGCUUCAAAAACUGCUACUAAGCCUGCUUCCCACAUCAAGGUAAGCGCCGGCAAACACUUCGGUCAUGUAUAAUACAUAUACUAGCUCAACUUUACUCUCUGUUAGGACAAAAGGGUCUGUUUCUUUUUCCUUCAAUGACUACUCAAACUUGUUGAAUGAAAGAUUUGACAAAAACCCACUAUCACAAUCGCCUUGUUGUUGUUCGUGUUGUUUUCAUUGUUGUUCGCCAUCAUUUGCCUCCAAUAGGGUGGCCUUAAAUCCUGCCUUAUUUUAUGGUUUGAGACAAUCCACCCUUAUCCAGUGUUCUCCCUCGAGAAGGCUGAUCUUGGGUGGGAGGGAUCGUUAUCAUUACAGGGUCCCAAUUUAUGGCUUUGAUAGUGAAUGUUUUGAGGUUUAUUGCUCUUUGAAGCAAAGGGGUUGUAAUGAAGGGAUUGGCAGGAGAAGAAAGAGAAGUGUUGGGUAUGCAAAUUCGAGUGAAAGGCGUUGCUUAGGUGAUGCGGAGGCUGUGAUUAGCUUGUUGAGUGAGGAAUUUAGUGAGGAGUUUUUAGGUGAUACGAAAAGAAAUGGGCGGAUGUCAAAGAAGGUGGAAGCUGGGAAGAGAGGGGAUUAUGUUGUUGGUUCUUAUAGGAGGAAGAAGAAAGAUGUUGGGUUGGGAUUUUCUGACAACAAUUCAAAGCAGCAAGCUAUUAAAUCAGUUGGUGUUGAGUCGAGAGAAGAAGGGUAUGGGAGGAAGGAAAAGAGGGAAGAAAAGGAAGCUUCAACUAGAGGAGAGAAUCUUAGAGGAAGGAGACAAGAUUCUAGUUGUUCAUCUUAUUACUCCCUUUCAUCUUCCGGGGAUGUUGAGAGUGAUUUAGAAGUUCAGGAUAACCCUGAGCAACUCAUUGAAGAAUUGUCAUCUGGGCUUCAGGAGUCGAGAAACAAAAGCAAGGGUAGAUUUGAGAAGCAAAUGGUGGGAGAGUUAAAGAGGCAUACUGAUGAUAUAAAAGAUCAUGCAGAAAUUUCGGAACAAAGAAAUUCUGUGGCAGCAAGUUACUCUGGGCAAGAUUGGAGAAAGAAGUCUGAGAAGAAGCUGACUGAAGUAUCGAUUGAAGGAACACAUUCUAGAGAGGAAGCCUCUAAAUUGCAUGGUGAAAAUGAUCAUGUUGAGGCUUCCAGCUCUCAUAAUCACAUUGAUCAAGAGGAUUCCUCUUUUUCCAUGAAUUUUGAAAAUAGAACAAGAAACCAAUUUGGUAAAAAAGAUGAGGAAAUUAGACAAAAGUCUUUCUCGCAAAGGCAAUACCAGGAAAUUAGUAAAAUUUCAAGGACCAAAGACAGUGGUGUCGAAACAACUUCUCAAUUGCAACAACAGUUCAGUGAUAGAGAAGGAAGCCACCGAAUCGCUACAGAAUCUACUUUGGAAACUAGAGAUAAUUAUCAUAAUAUAGUCAGCCAUAGGGCUGAAAAUUCUAACUUGCAAAGGGAGUCUGAAUAUAAAAUGAAGAUCAAAGAAGAAGAUACAGCCUUGUUCCAAAGUUCACACCAAGAAUCUGGAAAGCACAUCUCGCAAAUAGAUCGGAAAGAUCUUGAGAGAAUGCAGUUUAGAAGAGAGUCCCGAGAUAUCACCAGUUUGUCGGUUCAAGCUAGUGAUAGAGAUACCAACAAUACUUCUCAACGAAAUUCUGAAAAGAGAAUGAUUGAUCAAGGUAGAAAUUCAACUUCAGUUGUGAAAAUUUUGAGGGAAACAAAAGAAAAACAUACUCAAACUGAUGAAACUGAGAUUCAAUUUAAAUCAAACAAGGAGCAUCAAAGAGCUACUAAAGUAUCAACUCAUCUUGAAAAAGCCUCAGAAGAGGCCUCGGGUAUCGAAGCAUCUUUAAAUCUGGUUUCACAAGCUAGAGUGCAGCAUGUUGAUGUAAAGGAAGGUAGUCAGCAAAACGUAAGUGCAAUGUUGAUGGCUCCACCAUCUCAGUUGGUGGCUAGAGAUUCACAGCAUGUUGAUCCAGUUGAUGGGACUGCAGUAGAGCUUUCCUAUGAAAGUGACUCCAGUGCCUUAAUUCCAAAUUCAGCAGGGAGCACUCCAGCUAUGCAACAUGAAACAUAUGGCAGAGAUAGGCAGAGUGAGAAUUAUGAGAGCCCUUUAAACCACAGUACCCAUGAAGAUGCUCUGAGUUCAGUUCGUCGUUUUGAGGAAUCAUCAAUGCAUUUUGUUGGAGAGUUUUUUGAGAAGGCAAGGGUUGAAGUCUCAACCUCUAAUGUCCAUAGAGAGAAGGUAUCUUUGAAUGAAGAACUUAUGCAUGAAGGUCAGGGCCAUGUGCGAAAGAGGUCGGAUGAAUAUGGUUUUGUUGAAUUUCAGUCAAAGGAACACGACUCAAGGCAAUCAUCUGAUAGUUCUGCGGGAAAAGGACCUUCUGAUGCUAUGUGGGAUGUACGAGAUACAUCUGUUCAACAACCUCCAGAGGUAGAAGAAGCACCAGAGUCUGAUGGGAGUGCCAUUGUAAGAAGAACUGGCAGGUCUUUAUGGAGCAUUAUUGCAGAUGUUGUUCGGCUGCGGUGGCGCUCACAUGCCGAAACACCUAAAUCAGCUGGAAGAUCAAGACAAAAGAACUCGUCAAAUGAGUCUGUCAGCAGUGAGGCAUGGUUCUCUGGCCGUGACGCUGAUGAAACCAAUGAUGAAAAUGUAAAGGGGGAAAGAAGAAGAAGGUUGCAUGAAGCCUCUCGUCCUUAUCAGCCAGAACUGGAGAAAACUUCAAUUCAAAGUGAAGAUGAAGAUCCUGAAAGGAUUCGAUUAAAGGGCAAAGUAAGACAACCUAGAGGAGAAAAAUCAUCUUCAUCUGCUAUAUUAAAGAGUGAAUUGCCAUCUAGAGGUGUUUUUCCAAAUUCUGAGGAGGGAACUAGUACGAAUGAAGAUGGACAGAGUUCUCAAGGUGCCUCUGUUGUUGUGAGAACAGAGGAACAAUUGCAACCAAUGCCUUCUAGAAGCACUAGUGAAUCUCCCAUCAUAGAAGAAAUUGGGGGCACCGUUAGAACUAAUAUAUCUGGCAGUGGCUCAAAGGAGCUGAUGGUACAACCCAUUAGUUCUAAUUUAAGUGAAGUGUCAGGGUCUGGGAAGAAGGAGGGGGAACUAAAACAAAGAAAGCUUCAGCGUAGUACACAAGUACCACGAGAUAAAUUUGAUGAUUGGGAAGAAGCAUAUAGACUAGAAAGUGAGCAGAGAAAAAUUGAUGAAAUGUUUAUGAGGGAAGCACUAAUAGAAGCUCAGAAGGCAGCUGAUACUUGGGAGGUGCCUGUUGGGGCAGUUUUGGUGCGAGAUGGAAAGAUUAUUGCUCGUGGAUACAACCUGGUGGAGGAGCUCCGGGACUCCACAGCUCAUGCUGAAAUGAUCUGUAUAAGGGAGGCUUCCAGCCUACUCAGGUCAUGGAGGCUCACGGAGACAACAUUAUACGUAACCCUUGAACCAUGUCCCAUGUGUGCUGGAGCAAUACUUCAAGCAAGAAUCAACACUCUUGUAUGGGGAGCCCCCAACAAACUUCUUGGAGCUGAUGGCAGCUGGAUCAGACUUUUUCCUAGUGGGGGAGAAGGAACUGGUUCAGAAAUGUCAGAUAAGCCAGCUGCUCCAGUUCACCCAUUCCACCCUAAGAUGACAAUCCGAAGAGGGGUUUUGGAGACGGAGUGUGCAGAUACAAUGCAGCAAUUCUUCCGGCGUAGGAGGAGGAAGGAGAAUAAAUCAGACCCAUCUUCCCCGCCUUCAAAUCUUCCCACGUCAGAUCAUCUACCAAAACUUCUCAAUAAAAUGCAAGACAUCUUCCACAUUAUGUUCUGUUCAUAAAGAAUUGCAAAGUGCAAACUGGUUUUCUCGAGUUAGUAAAACUCUUAUCAAAGAAGUUAUUAUCUUAAAUCAUAUCAGGUUAGAGUUAUUUGUGGUCUUUAACAGAAUUUGUGGACUGCAGAUUAUCAUAUCGGAGAGUGAACCAUAUGACUGCUUUGAACAAGAUCCUGAUUCCUGAAUGUUGUGACCGUGAUGAUAUUAGAUAACAGCCCUCUCAUGAACAUGACUUUCUUAGUUUUCUACUUCAAAUAGUUUCCCUGCAUUACAUUGAAUUGUUGAUAAGACCAUUGUUGCCUUCGGUUUUCUUUUAUGGAAACUUAUCUGCAUGGAUCGCUAGAUCUCAUGGCAGUAUCCACUUUUGGUAUUUACCUUGUCUGAGCUUUAUUGAUGUGCAACUUGCUUCCUUUCCUCCAGGCCGCACUUUCUCGAUGACUGAUUGACUAGAUCUUCCCAAACUAAAUAGUUAUUCGCGAAGAAGGUUCGGAGACGGUGCCGGUAGAGGAAUGUUUAACUUAAUGUUCUUCCCUUGGCAACUGAAAAUGGAAAUGGCUCAUCAAUAUCUUCCUCUGAGUCAUCUGAGACUCUCAGUUGUUGUCUUGCAGCUGCUGCUCUUGUUCUGUUCUGUCCUUGAAACAGAGUCCUCCUCUGUAUUCAAGUAGAAAAUAAUAUGAUGUUAAUGUUACAGAUCAUCCAUAUAGAUAUACCCUUCAGUAUGACAUAUAGAUAUAGUGUACAUGAUAUGUGCAAUUUUUGUCAAAAUUUCCUUCAUAUUGAUUA